UUCUUCAUCCUCUUCAUCCUCAUCCUCUUCUUCAUCCUCAUCCUCUUCUUCUUCUUCUGCAUCCUCAUCCUCUUCUUCUUCUGCAUCCUCAUCCUCUUCUUCAUCCUCAUCCUCAUCUUCAUCCUCAUCCUCUUCUUCAUCCUCAUCCUCUUCUUCUUCCUCUUCUUCUUCUUCAUCCUCUUCUUCAUCGUCUUCCUCUUCUUCUUUUUGUCUUCCUCUUGCAGGUCACUGCUCAUGCGCAGAUUUUUUAUCGUGGGCGAUUUGGUCGCCGUUUUUCGGUAUUUUGGCCGUUUUUUUUUUUCAGUAAAGUUGGAAAAAAAAUCGGCCGAUUUUGCCGAUCGGCCGAUUUUCGCGGCAAUUAGUGGGCAAAUCGGCCGAUUUUUUUUACCGAUAAAA